UCUCUAUCUCCGUCAAAGGAUUUAUAGCUGCUCAUCCAGCUUGCAAAGAAGAAGAUAGAAUACCUUUAUAAAUAUUAUCAAGUGGAGAAGAACUCAAGUUUCAUAGAUGAGUUUCCGAAGGAAGACUUUUAUAUUGCUUCUCUUGGUCGUGUUCAUGUCUUCCUGCAUUUCAGUUAUCAGUUCUGAGGAAGAAAGGAAGAUAACUGCUGUUGAGAAAUUGUUUGGAGGAUUUAGAGGUGGUUUUGGAGGAUCUAGAGGUGGUGGUGGAUCCAGUGGUGGAUCAGCUAGAGGUGGUGGUGCCAGUGUUCCUCGGAGUUCAGGCAAUGGUCACAGAACAAGUUCAGGAAAGAUGAUACCUGCAGUAGUGGCCGGAAGUGCUGGUUCUGCACAUGCCAGAUCAAAUGAGAGGAAGAACAAUGCAAUUGGCCAUGCACAACUCACUCACAUCUCAUUGGCAACUGCAAUUCUGUGUUUUACAAUCCUGCUCUUUGUUUGAAUUCAGCAAAUCUCAGGGAGACCACAACUGAUCUAUGAAUUGUUUCAGUUUGUAGGUGUAGCACUUUGUGAAGUUCUCUCAAUUUUCAUUGUUCAAAGCUUUAAGUUUUGUAGUUCAACUACUUUCUUUAGGAUCAAGAGUUCAAUUUAGAUGCUUAAUUUGGUACAUAUUUCUGAAGGAAAGAUGAGAAUAAGAACAUUUUGAGAGUUUUCUGCAACUAAAGGCUAAAAAUUGCCUACUUGUUAAUCCCAUUGAUAUUCCAAGUUGUUGAAUUGUGGGUAAAGAUUGAACUAGUUUACUGUUUGAAUCAAUUAUUGACAAUUGUUAUGCUUA